AUAAUCCAAAAUGCAACUGAUCAAGUGCUGAAGGAUCCAUCAUUUGAGGAAAUAGAUGCAACUAUCCUCCGCACCAUACUGCAACAGGAUAGACUCAGUGUGUCAGAGUUGGAAUUGUGGGAGUCUUGCCUGAAUUGGGCAAAGCAGGAAUGUGUCCGACAAUCCUUGGAAGUCAGUCCCAUUAAUCAGCGUAAAGUACUAGGAGACUGUCUUAGCAUGAUCAGAUUUUUAACCCUAAGCCCAACAGAAUUUGCCAAUAGUCCAGCAGUGUCAGGUAUUUUUACACAGGAGGAGAGCUAUAUUCUCUUGAUGAAUAUUUCUGCACCAGGAGUAACAUCUGUCCCCUCACCCUUCUGUCAAAAUAACAAGAAGAGACAAAAAGAACCAACACCUCCACCCAGCUUCUUACCACAUCCUGACUUAAGAAGCAGCAGGAUUAGGGAAGAUGUUCAACUUCGAUGUGAAUGUGUUGGAAAUGACAUGGCACAAGAGUUGGUUAAUGAGCAAUUGGUGGACUGUUCACUCUCAUUUUCUGUUAAUAGACAUGUCUGUAUAUAUGGUGUGGAGAUGCCUACUCAGUUAGUCCCAGUAAACUUGGAGCCACAGUUAGCCACUCGACCAAUACAGCAAUCCUAUUCUGAACUAAUUUAUGCAUUUUUACAAGACUCUGAUGAUUGCCGCCUCACAUACACGCAUUUCACGGCUCGGGUAUCAUGGAAUAGUUCGAUGGAAGUUAUCUUCAAUAGGCCGGUAUACAUUACACCUAAUAAAACUUAUAAAAUUACAGUUGUGUUAAAUAAGGUUGGGAGAUAUCCAAUGUAUGUUACUGCUAACUAUGUUACUAUUGAUUAUUUAACAUUUACUUUUGAACAAAACAGAUCACGGGAUGGACUAAUUAAAGCUGUUAUUUUUGGUUGUUCAUCUCAGACAUCCUCAUCUAGUCCAGAACCUUACUGGCAAAUCUGAGAAAAAGGUUGGUCUAUUUUUCUGUAGUCAUGCAGGUAAAUAAUUUUAUUGAGAAUGGUCAAAUUCAUGGUACAGUACAUUAUGGCAAAUUUAAGAAUAAAUUAUUGGUGGUAUUUUAUAUUUUAACAGGGGAAAUAGAUUUUCUUUAUGGGAUUCAGUGCUGAGUUUCUUAAUUGUAUUUUAUAGCAGCUAGUUUUUAUGCCAGCAAACUUUUGAUGUUCAGAAAUCUAUUUUAAAUGAUUUGUAAGGUACCACAUGCAUGAAUGCAAUCAAAGAAAUACUUAUGCUUUAUUUUUUUAGGUAUUUUAACAUUCAUUGUUGAAAAAUACUGCAGUAUGAUAAAAUAAAGAAAAUCAGUACCUCAGUUUAAUAUUUUAUUAAGAUAAAUUUGGUUAUGAAUUAAAAAAUUUAAAAAGGAAUGCUUUUCUGUUUGCAUAAUCGCCGGGUCACCAUCUGGAAAAGGCCCGGGCCAGGAUAGUACCGGUGAAUCUAAGAAGAAUGUUCAUAAUAUCUUUGUUUUUACUUAGGAGUUGCACUUAUGGUGAGUUACAGUGACCCUAUUAGCUCUCAAAAAAUAAAACUCAUGUUUCUCAUGUUCUCUUAAUGUAUAUAUUCACUAAAUAUUUUGUUGAAUAAAACAUCAUUUAUUAUAAUAAUUUUUUUGUAAUGUGAGUUGCAGGAAAUGCAAAUAUUUCGUAAGUCCAAAUUAACAUACACGAUUUAUUAAUGUUUUGAAAAUUUAAUUUUAGUUCUUUAUUUAAUCAUGAAAAUAUACUGAUAUUAAGUUCUCUAAAGAUUAUUCAUAUAUAAAUUAUGGAGAGAGAGGUAGAAGAAGCAACACAUAAUACAUACUUUUUUGGUAAACCUUUAUUUCAUAUUGUAUGAGAGCCAUUUCAAAAUAUAAUCUUUGUUUAAAAAGGCUGUUUAGAAUUGCCAGUUUUUUUUUAUUUUAAUGCUUGCAUGCUGUGAAUAAUAAUUAAUGUAAAGCAGUCUGACUUACUCAUGGUCAGGAAAUAAUAUAAAUAAAAGCCAUCAUUUAAA